AAUCGAUCCCUCGUGACUUCCGGUUCCCAUUCUUAGGACAACAUGGCCGCCAAAAUAACAAGAAACGCAAGAUUUCGGUGAUUUUUAGCGAUUUACGCCUAAACGUUGACGUUUUUCUUCCCAACGAUGACGCUCCAGAGAAGAGACAAAGACCGGGACUUCAUUGCGGAGUUGGCAAACUUGCUGCGCGAAAAUGUGGAAGGCAUCCUGGAUGGCAGCAGUAAGCUCUCCCUGACCUCCUCCUCAGUGUGCUAUCUGAACGAGUGUUUUGACCGUGUGUGUGAGGGAGACAGGAACCAGGGAUUUGAGGUGGUGCGAGCUCAGGUCACCAACUCCAGGGUCUACAGCGACAUCCAGCUACUCUUUGAUCUGGUGCAGAAAACAUUGUCACUGAAGUUGGUGCUGAGUUCAACGACCCUACAAGGAGGUGUGAGGGUGGCCCGGUUCAGGUCCCUAACAACGUUAGAGAUCAAACGGGUGCCAAUUCACCUGGUGGUGGGGCUCCAGGUGCUGCGGUCACAGCUACAGAUCAUCAUCUGCUCCAGGUGCAUCACCAGGCUACAGGAUGUGUUUGCCACGUGUGGAGGUGACAGCAGUAUGCCCCUGUCCUGGCCAGAACUCCACACUGUUAACAUGAGUUAUAACAGCCUGGAGAGACUGGACGACUCACUGAGAUUACUGCAGCAAGUUACAGUGCUAGACCUGAGUCACAACAGCAUCAAGGUCACGGGGAAACAUUUAGAGUACCUACCAAGUCUGACUCAUCUAAACCUGGGCUACAACCAGCUUGAAGCAGUUCCCACCCUCAGUAUUACAGCUAGGUCAAAACUACAGUCCCUCAUCCUCAAGAACAACAACUUGGAUAACAUUGAAGGUGUAGAAUCGUUCCAUAAGCUCCAUGAACUGGACCUGUCCAACAACUGCCUGUAUGACCACAGCAUGUUGGAACCACUCGGCUUCCUCAACUUCUUACACAUGUUAUCCCUGUAUGGGAACCCCCUGUCCUUCCACCCAGCACACAGACAACAGACAGCCAGGCAUCUGUCUCCUAUUGUGGGUAUGCAAGAGCUAAUUUUGGAUGGCAAGAAACUUACCAGAGAAGAGAUAAACCUUCUGCCCAAACGUAACCACCCUGGCGACCAAACCGAGGUACGGUACGCCUCCCGCGUCUACACCGUGGAGUCGGACAUGUCCGAGUUGGAAACGUCGACCUCCCUCACCUGGUCCAAGACUCCCAGGAGCAAGAAGUCUGGACGGAAAGUCCGCAACGUGGCAAUCUCCGACACAGAGGGUGAAGUUACCUCUACCGAAAACUCAAGGGCCUGUACCCCUGCUCAUAUAGAUAAUCUGGACAGGACCAGAGAGGAAAUGGAGGCCAUGAGAGAGCAACUGGGUCCUGAUUGGUUGGUAGCCAGCCAACUCCCAACCAGAAGUGCAGAGCCUGAUGCAACAUCCAAUCGGAUUUCUGAAGAUGCUGCUCCCAGCACUACAAAGACUGUGACAACUGCACAGAUACAUGUGUCCAGUGAGGACCUCUUGCCAGAGAGUGAGCCAUCCACACAGACCAAUGAAGUUGAGGAGUCCAAUGACAUCUAUGGUGCAGGGGCUAGCACUACCAGCUCCACGGGGCAGCCACUCAGUAGACAGGUCAGCAGGGAUAUCUUCGGAGCUCGGGACAGGAUACGGAGAUUCAGCGAACAGUCCAAUGACAGCCAGUCCGAGAGCCAACCAUUCCUCGUCAAACACAGAGAGGGCAACGACGACGGGUAUUUUUUCGUCAUCAUCAGAGAGCAGUUCAUCGUAGAGAAGGAUCUAGACGGCAGAAUUAUGGACAAACUAGAAACCAGCUGUCUGAAAACUGUGGAGAGAGGUCAAGAGGUCAACCAAGAGGAUGAUGGUCUAUAUCCUAUGGUGUCAUUGGUUUUCGACUACGUGAGAAAAGACAGACAGAAGAGGGAAUAUGUUCUGAUAGACGACGACCCAGAACAGAGUUGUCAGGUUCUGCUGGGUUUGUUAGAACCCAUUGUGGAGACCAAUCAGAGUCUCAGGCUCACAAAGCAGUAUCAGUGCCUUAAAUGCUCCAGCAAAUUCAGUCAAGGUCAAGCCAAGGUUACGGUGUUGACGAAAGACGACAGCGUUGAGGAGGUCAUCGUGUGUCCAUCAUGUCAAAGUAACAUGAUCGUCCAACUCGAGAGCCAACCAGCAUUGAGCUCUUCUGUGCCCGGGUCCCAGCCAGCGUAUAGUACGUCCGUUCCCAUUGGUGGGCUAGAGAAGGGACCGAGGUCAAGAUCAGGGUCAUCAGUGAUUGGGUCCCUGUCGUCGUUUGACAGAGGUUCACCUGCAGCGACGUCAUCACCGUGGAAACUUGACAGAAAGUCGCCACAAGAAGAGCCAGACUCCUCUGACUAUGGCACCUCAGAGAACACGCCCACCACCACCCCACACCAGUCAGCCAACAAAGACUCUCUCUUAUCAGAAAAUCUCCAAGCCUCCUCAACAAGUGAAAGCACCAUCGUCGACGUCAGCAGGGCAAAAACACCAGUCGCGAAUCUAUCUACGAGUCUGAAAACAUCCCAAGAAAAGAAAUCACCUGUGACGGAAGACACAGAAUCGUCUCCGAAGAAGUCCAAUAGAAGCGUAGAUUUUGAUGAUUCGGUCAUAGUCAGAAGAAAGUCAAGAAGUGGGAAGUCAAAGAAGAGUUCUAAAGCCAAAGUUGUGGAAAUAGGGGAGACUGUGAAAGCAAAGAAGUCAGACGAUUUAAAACUUCCCGUGCAAGAAAGUGCCUCACAGGUGGCUGAUCCAAGUGUGUCGGAAGCGAUGCAUAACGCAGGGGCUGUACCAAUGGCAACAAACUUUUCAGAUUCAAAGGGAAGGCUGUCCCCAGUGGCAAAGCUGAAGCAAAACAGAGACGGCAGUCCCAAAAGUACCGCGUCUUCCCACAAACUGUUACAGGAGCGUAGGAGUAACGAUAGCAUCACUGUGCUAAGCGAGGAUACCACUGUGGACUUCACCACAAGCAAUGCAGUCAAACAGAAAGUGGAAAGAACUGAUUCACCCAUUGAAGAAGACAACGCAGUCUUAAAUGGGCAGUUAGAGAGCGAAGAAGCGAGCGUCAAACCUAAGAGACAAGACAGUGUAUACAGCGAGAUCGCUGUUCUAUCAACUGAUGAUCCAAACACCACUGAGACAAAUAGGCCAGACGUUUUGGAUGCAAUAGUUUCAAACAUGCAGUCUUCAGGCGACCAACAAGAUAUUUCAGAUAUCUAUAGUAAACAUGUGUCCGAAGAAAUGGCGACAAGUCCUCUCACCGGGAGUACUUGUACAAGUAUGGUGGCCAGCAUGUACCAAAGUGCAAUAUCGGAAAACGGAGAGGAACCAUGCGAGAGUUCCGACACAGUCAACAUCAGUUUGUCCCAAGUAGAACAAACAAAUGUCGUUAGGAAGGAAACUUCUGAUUCUGCGUUGAGGAACGGAAAAACCUCAAACGGAGAAGAGGAAAGUACGGAUCUUUACAGUUCGCAAUUUCUUGGGUCUUCUGCACCAAGUACGUCCAAGAACGCGUCGUUUGACAAGCUGUUUUCAGAACUGGAUCCAUCUAGGAGAAGGGACGCGAAGAAAGAGGUGGAGACCGGGAUAAAGUUUUACACAGAAGACUUUACGCUGGUGGACCACAGAAUGAAGCUGUUCCUCACUAUGUCUGUGUUUGGGGAGGACGAGGAAUUUGAGUGUCUUAUCAAGGCUCCUGUGGUGCAAUAUGGGAAGCCUCAGGAGAGACCUGCAGUUCUGGUGUCAUCUGAUAGGAGUGUCCAUGUACUGAAGAUUACAGGACCUGAGAGUGAGGUGCCAUCUGAUUGGCUGCAGAAACUGGCCCAUCACCCAAUCACAGAGCUCCAUUACAUAGACAUAGGUCUUGGAAGCCAGAGUUUCCGACUGGAGUUUACCGGCCAUGGAGGCUGUUACACCUUCCUGGUGAGAGAUAGUGAGCGCUGCCGGAGAUUUCUCAGGGUCUUCACUGACCUAGUUCGUCACUCAACUAUCAGUGCCAACAGCCAGCUAAAGGGGAUCACCAAGAACAAUGUGGAUACACACAACAACAUCAGGUCUCAGGUGUUGAAGGCCAGCGAUGAGAACUCACCCGACGUGGACACAGACAUCACCAUGUACCUACUGGCGUAUCUCAACACUGAUGUUGGCACAACAGGAAAGGACCCACUGCCCAUUGCAGUGGUCGUCACCACCACGGAGAUCUGUCUGACAGCUGUCAAUCACCAGUGGCCGUUGCCACGGUUACAGCCCGCCCUGUCAGCAUCAGUCAUGGGAACACAGUUCACCCUGAGGGAGGGACAGAAAAUCAGCAACAUCACCAAUGUGAAUGUGUAUGAGGAUGCACCAUGUAACCUGUCCUUGGACUUUCUCAAUGAGUAAACAAGAACCAAUCAUCACGGAGCAAUACAAUAAACAUCCCAGGACCAGUAUAUGACAUGUACAUCGCAAGAAAAACUGCUAAAGAAGCAGUUACCUAUGUGGAAAUUCAUUCAAAAGACAUCCAUGAAGAGUUAGGAUAUUACAAUAUUUUGUAAAUGUUUUAGAGCUCAUAAUCUUGUUGGAAAAGACAAUUCUUGAUACAAUUUAGUUUUCGAAUGAACUUAAAUGUAAAAAAUUCUGGCUGGUUAUUGUAUUUGACUGGCUAACUUUUGAACACCGAAAAAGGCUUUGAAAGUUUUGAUUGUCUAAAGAUUAAAUACAUAUGUGUGAAAGACGUUAGAUGGAGCAAGGAAUGAUUUGUUGGAGCAAGUAAUGAUUUGUUAUUCUGUAUUUGAAAAAAAGAUUGUUAAGUCUUGCUAGGAAGAAAGUCUUUCACUCAGAAUGUGCCAUCGGAGUAAGGACCCUGAUAUAAAGUUCCUGAAAUUGUGUACAGUUAUCAAUGCAACCCAUACAGAAAGUCUAUAGUCCUCACAGUGACAGUUAUGAAAUAUUCUAAGAGAUAUUGGAAAAUGUUUUUAUUUGAAAUGUUGUGGUUAGAGUGCAGUGCACUCUGUUAGUUUAUUUUUGUUUGAGUUUAGGCCAUGUUGGUUUGAUUGAAUGGAUAACACCACUGGGAACCCC